AUGUCCGGGGAAACAUGGCGUGUUGGAAACUAUCCCGGUUCUCGACCGCGAAAAGGGUCUGUCAAAAACACCGAAAGUAACUCGUCAGCACAAGCAAAAUUUAUGACAGUUGACCUUGACAAAGCAACCGAAGCCUGUCCUCUUCCCGUGACUCGGAACGACCGUUCCGCUGUCGGGCAUGCAAGUGCAGGGCGAUUAGCAGGAAAAACUGCACGUGCGAGGAACGAGAAGCGCGAUGAGAGCGAGGACAGCAUAACGAGGGUCCCUCCAGCACCGACCGCACCAUCGAACCCUGAAGAGACUAAUGCCGUGGGAACUAUCAGCGGGUCUGCUUUAGUGGAGAGAUCCAAAACGCCGUCUUCAAUCUUGCGCCUAUAG